GCCGACCACCGCACGAGCGCCGAGCGAUCGCAUUUCAAACGCAUUUGAAAUCUCGACCCGCGAACCAACCUGCCAGUGCUCAUAAAAAACUUAAUUAAAAAGAAUUGCAAAAGAGGUACUUAACAAGUAGAAGGAACGAAGUGAGUGUGUGUGUGAAAAGUGUCCGGAGCAUGCGCCCGAGUUGAUUUUCACUUUCUACACGGGACACACUGACGAUGAAUCCCGUAAACUCACGGAUAUGUGCCAUACUUUGGCUGGCAUGCGCCGUCGCGGGCGCCGCGGCCGACGCUAGCGAAAACAGCACCACCACCAAAACCAUCCGCACCACCAUCCUACCAUCACGGACUACCAGGACCGAGCUCAAAGUCUCCCGCAGCCUCAAUCCCCACGACACGCAAACACUAAACGUCAAAACCAGAUCUGGACACGUCACACAACUUAUUGUUAAGAAGAAAGAUAAAACCACCACGCUAGCUAGCAGCACCACCCCCACUCCCACCACUGCUGCUGUCAAAACCACCGUUGCAUCCAACGUCACUGAUGACGCCAAAAACAAAACUGAAACCAGAGAUCAAAGGAAGUUGAACUUCAUGGGAACAGUCAACAGCGAUCUUGCUGGAUUCGACUACUACCUAAACCGAAACAAAAACAACGACGAACCAACGGAUAUCAAAGCGGAAUACGGCAACUGGUCACCUGUGUCAGUGUACCCUGAGUCUCAUAUCCAGGAAGACGGUGGCAAACCAGAAGCCGACCCCGAAACCUCCGACUAUUAUCCAACAUACGACAACGAAAAACGAACAGACAACAAGAAGGUGUACAUCACAUCUACCAGUUUUAUGGAUUACGGAGGACCAAUCAAGAACUACAGGUUUGAUCCUCAUAACCCAGUGAUAAAGAAUGACAGGAACCCAGUUUACAUUGAAGUGGUAAGCACUAAAGUUUCAGACGGAGAAGGCAAGUCCUUCAAAGUACCUGACCCAGUGGUUAUCAGUUCUGAACCGAUGUACAUUAAGAAAGCAAUCGAAAAGUACAAUAACAAACGUGGAAGAUCUAUCUUGACUCUUGGAGAAGACGGCAUACCCGAGAUACAGGGCGUCAGAAUGCCUGAUGACGAAUCUGAUAAGAAAACAUGGCGCAAUGCUAGGGUUGUCAACGGCGAACUGCUGCCCUACCCCGAAGGUUACACUCCACCAAAAGCUGUCCCAGAAGCUGAUGUCUAUCCUGACGUCGCAGCAGCAGAGCCUGCUCAAAACUUCGGACCCUUCACCAAAGAAGACAACUUCGAACACCAAGACGGACCCUUUACCAAAUUCGACAACAUAAAAUUCGAUGCCGAGGACGUCAUUGACCCGUAUCAGACGAGCGACACUCCGACGUUCGUGUUCAAACACAAAAAAGACAACCACUAUGUCAGAUCUGGGUACGGUCCUUUCACUAAAGCCGAUAAUUCGAAAGUGGCUAAUUCGAAACUAAUCGAAUAUAUUAAACAGAUUAACGAGCAAGAACUGAAGCGCGACUAUUUCAGUGGUCGCAGCUCUAGAGCUCAUAACGGUGACAUGGAAUACUCCGAGAGCCACAUACAAAGGAGAAUGCUACAACACCCGGGAGAAGUCAGCUUUCCAAACUCUGUGAUGUACACUCCUAAGAACGCUAAACCUGGCUUUGAUGAAAGCGUAAGAAACCCAGUGUUACAGUACGCUCACCCUGAACUUGGAGUACAGCCUGCGAAAGCUACUCGGGACAGUGAGAACUAUGAGAACAAGGAACGCAAAGUGAAAUAUUACACUACGAACAUCCCGAAGAGUGCGCACCCCUACCCUAUGGAACCAAUCAACGGUUACGGGCAACAGCGUUCUCAAAGUAACAUUCAAGCCUCCGCCAACAGAUAUUACGAAGAUGAAUAUAACAAGUUUUCCUACUACGAUCACAGCCACACUCCUAAAUACCCCUACAGCUACGGCUACGUCAGACGAGUCCCCGAGCCAUCACUGUGGACGCGGCUCACCAACUCUAUGAAGGACACCAUCAACAGCGCCGGGCAGACCAUGAAGCAACUGACACGCCCGAUCAUUGAUCCUAUUGCUAAGGUAACACAGCCCGUAUUGGAACCUAUCGUAGAAGCAACUCACAAAAUUUCGCAUAACUUAGGGCUAUAUCCUUCAAACUCUGUACAAAGUCAAAGAUACGCUCAAGAUAAGAUUGGUGUUGCGGCUGUCGCGUCGUCCGGCGCCCCCGCCAUGCUGCCGGCCAUCGGCCUCAUGGCUGGUGGAGCCGCGCUCGGGCUCGGAGCCAUGGCUGUUGGUAGACUGCUCGACGUUAACCUGAUGCGCAGCGCAGGUUUAAGCGAGGAUGAAAUCCAAGACGAGAUAGAAAAGGAACAUAAGCGCUCUUUCAUCAACGCCCCGUAUGAUAUCGAUCGGAAAAUCAUCAGCCGCCAGAAAGUGUACGAUGAUAAUUAUAAGAUGCCAAGUGAAAACGUUUACGUGGUGAUGUCUCCUGAUGGCAGUGAGGCGAGGUCUAAGCGGGAAGUGAUUAGUUUCUUUGAGCCUUACCAUCAUAGUAUUACGAAGAGGGUGAGGAGAAGAAUCAAGAGGUCUUUAGCUGAAGACAUGCCGGAGGACCUGCAGCAGCUGGACAGUGUAUCGACGUCGUCGAGCCUGACGUCAGCAGCGCUGGACCUGGUCAAGCAGACGGACUGGAGGAACUCGCAGUGCGCCAAGUACACCUUCUGCAAGGUGCUCACAUCGCAGUCGUCCGACUCUACCUUCGCCAUGGAAAAGAAAAUGGAAUCACUACUAAAGAUGAUUUCCCGCGGCGGCGUGCACGCAGGCGCAGUAGCGCAUCAGCUGGGCGACGUAAUGGCCGCCAGCCGCGACCACGACUGCGAGCGCUUCCACUGCGACGCGCACUGACAACCGCGCAUCAUAGAGUCUCAAGAAGCAGAAGGGAUACUUCAACAACAAUGUCUAGGGAAGGUUUAGGUUAUGACGCAUCUUGUUAUCCAGCCAAGUAGUUAUUGCCAUCCAUGGUAAAUCUACAGUUGGUAAGUCACGAGGUUUGAUUUAGAUGACCAUGUCAUGAGAUUCUCAAAUCAAUAGAUUGUCAACAAUAAUAGUUACACGACUGUCAAUGCUUUUUGUAAUAUAAAGAAGAGCAUAUUAAGAAAAGGGAUCCAUGAUUAAAUUUUGAACCUAACAGAUAAGUCUUAAUUCAAAUACUUUUGAAGUAUGUAACGAGCCACCUCUGGAUCCCGCUUCACAUAAAUAGCCCAAGAUAAUGAGCAAAAAUAAUGUCCUGUACAAAACUUUCAUAAAUAAGUAAACAUGUUAUAAUAAAAUGAAUAUUUUUCAAACGAAAUAAUUCAGAAAGGAAAACGCAAGGAAGCAAACAUUAUUGCAACUAAGUAUAAAGGAAAUCACACCCUCUACUUUCGUAAUUCAAGUGCGUUAUAACCACUCCAGCAAACAUACGUAACGUUACAAGUUUACUAUUUCCCUAGACGUACGAUACGUUAAUACUAUAGUGAUACUAGUAGUGAGACCAGGUGCAAAAAUGGUGCUGAAACAAAUCUAAGGAAUGAAAACUUUGUAAAAAUGUAAAGGGUCAUGUAUUGCCCGUCCUAUCCAAUAUAGAACGAUCAACGCGAGAGUAACGAUCACAUGAUUUUUCGUCGGAGAAAAAAGACCUUCGUCGAAAAGUCAAAACGAAUAGUUUUUACAAAAAAACGUACUAAACGAACGUUGUACGAAAUAACAAUACCAUGUACAUAAAUGUCACUUGAUCUUUCGAGAUUUUGUCAUCAGAAAGUAUAUUAUUUUCAACAUAAAACAAGCGAUGUUCCGGUACAUGGUUUGAGGUAUGAGGUCUUUUAUUUUAUUUAUUAUAUUGCAGAGAAUCAAGUCACAUUUCCCAGUGAAAUGUUAGAAGUGAUUUCGUUAAGGAAUUUAGUUAGGUAUUUAUUGUAUUUACUUUCUACUGUGUAAGACUUCAGGGAGUGACACGGUGCUUGCAUAAUUUAAGAUGUAAAUACGUAAUGUAAUGUGAAGAAUGUAAUAUCUGAAUAAAAAAGUAAGUAAUUAUCUGAUAUAAUCUGUAUUUAGGACCAUCUGAAUCUAUAUCUUCAAUUUAAUUUAAUUUAAAUACUAUAAUAUUUCGAUCAGUGUUCAUUAAUCUUGACUAAUAUUGUGAAUAGCUAAUAUUUUAGUAGCCAGCCAUAUUACAUGUGGUUCCUAGGACAUUACUAUCAAUUCGUAUUGCAUCACUUUACACAUAGUUAUUAUAUUUUGCGUAUUUAUCGUUACCAAAUGAUUAUUUAUUUUUCACUUUAAGUUUACUAUUUAUCAUUACAAUAAUCAUAGUCAAAAUUAAUUAAUUAUUCGACUAUAAUUUUACUCUUAUUAAGUAUUAAGUUGACUACCCAGACAAGUUGCUUGUACAACUAAACUUAUUAUUUAUUUAAAUUAUACUAGUGCUGAGUAAGUUGUA